CGCCUACCGACGCUAUGAUAAAAGAACUGGAAGUUGUUGAUUCCGGAGCAAGUUACUGUAUGUAUGGUACUAUGGGGCACUCACCACAAAGGCAACAUUGCGUCUGUUUGGAUGCUUCUGCACGUCAAACACUCGUCCGUAGACUGAAAACAGCUCAGUAAUCUCUUCCGUCGUCGUGUCUGAUUUGACGUUCUUGACAAACAGCUGAGGAAAAAAAUAAUGAUUUGACUAGUUACCUGGGUGUGGUCGGGAUUGGGCGAUUUCUUCUCCGAGGUGGUGGAGACGACGACAGUGGAUGAUCCGUACUGAAUGACUGUGUCACCCACGACACU